AUGAAAACUUUGUUAAAUACUACGAAUAAAAUGCAAUCAAUUCGUUUUGUAGUGUACUCAAUACUCCACGUGAUCAUUUUGUACGUUCUCGUUUAUUCUGUUAGUGACGAAAACGUUCGUGCUGAAAGUCUCUUUCAUCAGGUAUAUUACAAGGAUGGCGUGUGCAAGCAGAUCGACGCUGCUAUUCGAGAAAUUUGUUCAGUAGAUGUCCCGCCGAAAUUUGAUACUGAAAACGACAACAUUUUGGUACCUUUAGGUCACCGACUAUACGAAAAUGAACUCCUGAAUGUUGGCAACAUUCAGUGA